AAUCCCAGCGGCUUCCCUCCCCAGCAUACAGGCACGAUACCUCUUCAACACGUUACAACUAGUCCUCCUAUAUAUCUCGCCCAAGUCCUCAAACUAUUACUUACCUCAUAAAAAAUCAUCUCUUCUUCUCCCCUAAAAACUUCUACUACUACUCAUCUGGUAUCUAUUUCUUGUCUUUUUCAAAAAGUUUUUUUUUGGGGGGUGGUUCAAUCUAUUAUUUAUCAGUUAGGCUGUUAAACGUGGAGUGAUCAUCAUCAGCAAAAAUGCGGAUGAGUUGCAACGGAUGCAGAGUCCUCCGGAAAGGCUGCAGCGAGAACUGUAGCAUCAAACCAUGUCUUCAGUGGAUCAAAAGCCCCGAGUCCCAAGCCAAUGCCACUGUUUUCCUCGCCAAGUUCUACGGCCGCGCCGGCCUCAUGAACCUCAUCAACGCCGGCCCUGAACACCUCCGACCUGCGAUAUUCAGAUCAUUGUUGUACGAGGCUUGUGGAAGGAUCGUGAACCCGAUAUAUGGAUCGGUCGGAUUGCUGUGGUCAGGAAACUGGCAGCUUUGUCAGAACGCUGUGGAGGCUGUUCUGGAAGGAGCUCCGGUGAGCCAGAUUGAAUCUGAAGCGGCUGAGACCAACAAUGGGCCUCCUUUGAAGGCUUGCGACAUUAGGCACGUGAACAAGAAUGAAAAAUCAGAGGGGUCGGGUGGUCUGCACCGGGUCAGGACCGGGUGCCGGUUCAAGAGGUCCGCGGUCAACAAGCCGAAGGUGGUAGCUAAGGGUUGGGUGGGUUCGGGCGAUGAUGAAUCGGCUCAUGAGGAGGGGAACCGGUCCACCAGCCAUGAGUCGUCGUUGAGCCACCAGUCUGAGGCUGCAAGGAAUGUGGAGGGAGAGAGCCAGGACACAGAGAGCUUGGCUUCCGAGGAGACGGGUGAGGCCGAGGCCGGGGCUUUGGAGAGAGCGGAACCGGAGUUGAGUUCAGAAAAGGACGAGCGAGCCGGGGAUGGCGAAAUUGAGCUGGAGCUAACUUUAGGAUUGGAGUCGACGCAUUCAAGAACUCAUGGCGUCAAGGCGAAGGAAGUAAGCAAGCGGAUUCAUGAACACGGUGCUUUUUCGGUCGACGGAGUUUGCAGGAUGGAGCUGGGGUUGGACUGAUCGGCUUGAAGACUUGAUCAGAAAGCCGGGCGGUUGAUAGUUUUGGUGGCUCGUUCAUAUCAAACUUCUUCUUCUUUUGUCUUAUUUGUUUUGAGGAGUAAUAUUUUUGUAAGUUGUACAACUUUUGCUUUGCAGCAGGUUGGAGUCUUUUUGGGCUUUUUGUUUACCUUUUUUUUUUUUUUU